CAUGUUGAUUGAGGGCGAGCAACCGGAAGGAGGAAAGUGGCCUUCCCUUCCCGCAGCUUCCGCCGUGGAGUGAGCGCAUGCGCCUUUCAGUGAAUGUGGAUACCGGCGAGGGGUAAAAUGGCGGUUGAAGGGCCAGAGCAGAUGGAGUUGGAUGAAGGCAAAGGUGGGACUGGGCUGCGCCAGUAUUACCUCUCCAAGAUUGAAGAGCUACAGUUGAUAGUCAACGAUAAGAGCCAGAAUCUCAGACGGCUGCAGGCACAGCGGAAUGAACUCAAUGCCAAGGUGCGCCUGCUUCGCGAGGAGUUGCAACUUCUGCAGGAACAAGGUUCCUACGUGGGUGAAGUGGUGAGGGCUAUGGACAAAAAGAAAGUGCUUGUCAAGGUUCAUCCAGAAGGCAAGUUUGUUGUUGAUGUGGAUAAAAACAUAGACAUCAAUGAUGUAACCCCGAACUGCCGUGUUGCCUUACGGAAUGACAGCUACACACUCCACAAGAUCUUGCCAAACAAGGUGGACCCCCUGGUCUCAUUGAUGAUGGUGGAGAAAGUGCCAGACUCCACUUAUGAGAUGAUUGGUGGCCUUGACAAGCAGAUCAAAGAGAUCAAGGAAGUGAUUGAGCUGCCCGUCAAGCAUCCAGAGCUUUUUGAAGCUUUGGGCAUUGCUCAACCCAAGGGUGUGCUGCUGUAUGGACCUCCUGGGACUGGGAAAACUCUGCUGGCCCGAGCAGUGGCUCAUCACACUGAUUGCACGUUCAUCCGUGUCUCUGGCUCUGAGCUUGUGCAGAAGUUCAUUGGGGAAGGUGCACGGAUGGUGCGUGAGCUCUUUGUCAUGGCCCGGGAGCAUGCUCCCUCCAUUAUCUUCAUGGACGAGAUUGAUUCCAUUGGCUCCUCCCGUCUGGAGGGUGGCUCUGGUGGGGACAGUGAGGUUCAGCGCACCAUGUUAGAACUGCUCAACCAGCUUGAUGGUUUUGAGGCCACCAAGAACAUCAAGGUCAUCAUGGCGACCAACCGCAUAGACAUCUUGGAUUCAGCCCUGCUUCGUCCUGGGCGUAUCGACAGAAAAAUUGAAUUCCCUCCACCAAAUGAAGAGGCUCGACUUGACAUCCUGAAGAUCCACUCGCGCAAGAUGAACCUGACCCGGGGAAUUAAUUUGCGGAAAAUUGCGGAGCUGAUGCCAGGGGCUUCAGGGGCUGAGGUCAAGGGCGUGUGCACAGAAGCUGGAAUGUACGCGUUGAGGGAGAGGCGGGUACACGUAACUCAAGAAGACUUCGAGAUGGCUGUAGCAAAGGUUAUGCAAAAAGACAGUGAGAAGAAUAUGUCUAUCAAGAAGCUGUGGAAAUAAGUUGCUGCCCUCCCCAAGCAAGUGAAUUCCGACCUCAUUCUCCACUGUAAUCUUUACACCCCAAUGUCCUUUCCCCCCUUAAUAAAACUUAAUAUUAACA